AUGUUGUCAAACUAAUAAUAAUCGUUAAAUGAAUCCUUCCCUUUUACCAACUAUGAAUAGUUUUCUACUUUAUAUUAAGAAUUUCUUAAGAUCAUUAAUACUAAUAAUAUAGUAGAUAGCUUUUAAAAUUCAAAUUAUCUUGGUUAACUAAUAAAAACAGAUACAAGCUUCAAAAAUUAGGAUUCUCAAUCUAGUAGUCCCACUCAGAUUCAUCAAAUAAAAAUAAAAUGUCACAAUAGAAAUAUAGCUUAACAAAAAUAAUUAUAACAACAGAUAAAUUGUUAAAAUAAAAAUUGUUAGAAUAAAAGAAAAAAUUUAAAUGAAACUUAGUUCGAAGGUAAAACUAUCCUAUUAUGUAAUCGAUGUUUAAACAAUUUGAACUUAAACAACUAUUGUGAAUAUUGUAUUUAAGUAAUAAUAUUUUCAAUAAUUUAAGAUAUAUGAUCCCACUCUAAAGUAUGAGAUAGAUGAUAAAUAAUGGAUUAUGUGUGAAAAAUGUGGCAGAUGGGUAUAUUUAAUUUUUUAUUUUUAUAGAAUCAUGUUGAAUGCGAACAAACUUUGGGAAAGUAGAAUUUACACUAAAUUUCUUAAUAAACAAAAUAUAGAUGUUCCUAAUGUCAAAAAAAAAAUAAAUAAUAAGCGAGGUUAAAAAUAAAUAAAGAUAUAUAUUAAAAUCAAGAAUAGAUAAAUACUAAAAUAAAAUAACCUGUAAAAAUAAUUAAAUUAUCUAAUAAAGAAAUUUUAGAUGAUCUUUCUCUUCUAAGAAAUUUGAUGUUAGAUGAGAAAUAAAAAAAAGUGAAAAUAGAAUUAAAUUAAUGA